AUGCUUAUCCAAUACACUAAGGAACAGGUCAUUAAAUGUAUCAACCCUAUCGGACACGUCAUCCAGUAUCUCUACCGUAUCCCAGGGGACAUCCGCGAUAUCUUUUGCAAACUCACUGGCUUUAUAAUCCUUAUUGCUUCGCACGUUGCUAAUGGUGGGGCUAGUUUUCGGUGUUUUCAAAUUUAGUUUAGCCGUAAUAACAUAUUAGCCGUAUAUUAGCCGUAAUAUACAAACAAUAAUAAUGUCAUAAGAUAAAUGCAGGUAUAAAUUUUACUGUGUUUGAUCUAGACACAAUGUUUUACAAAUACAAAGAAUAAUUAUAUCUCCUACUUUCUGUAUUAUUGUAGGUCCACCACCAGUCACCCAGAUGAGUAUAGCACCAUCCCCAAGAAUGGCUUCACAUAUAACUACGAUAAAUGCAGGUAUAAAUUUUACUGUGUUUGAUCUAGACACAAUGUUUUACAAAUACAAACAAUAAUUAUUAUUAUAUGUCCUACUUUCUGUAUUAGAUCCACCACCAGUCACCCAGAUGAAUACAGCACCAUCCACCAUGAGCACCAGUAUGGCUUCAAACAUACAUGUAGAUGCUGUAAAUUGAGGUAUAAAUUUUACGAAGUUUCAUUAAUUAGACAUGAUGUUUUACAAAUGCAAACAGCUCAUUAGAUGUAUUUAAUCAGAAUUCUUAUUUUGGAGAAAUAAAUAAAUUUAUCAUUUGUAGAACAAACAUAUGAUCACAUUCAUUGCCAUGCAAGAUCUCAAUCAUCAGUAAACACGCCAACAAAGAAGAAAAUACGAAGAAUUAUCAACAAGAAAGACCAACAAAUUUAUCGCCUGAAACAAAGAAUCAAUCUUAAGAAACCAAAUGAUAAAUCCAAAAGAGAAGCUAUAAAGAUACUAGAAACAAUGCUACCUGCCAAAAUCUGCAAUUUUGUUAAAUCACAAAUUGACCUUCAUGCAAACAAGUCAAAGAAAGGAAACAGAUACAGUAGUGAAACUAAGGCCUUUUCACUUUCUCUUUAUCAUAUAAGUGGAUUGGCAUAUAGAGUUAUAUCAAGGUUUUUCUCCCUACCAACCAAGUCGACCUUGCUCAAAUGGAUCUCAAGGAUGCCAAACUGCGCUGAUUUUACCGGUUAUGCGGUGGAAACCAUAGCUAAGAAGGUGAAUACCAUGAGUGCUGCAGGAAAACAAUGUAUCAUCUCCUUCGACGAAAUUUCCCUGAAGACAAAUUUGUCUUAUCAGUCCAAUACAGACGAGCUGGUUGGCCUUGAGGAUUAUGGUGAUGGCAGCAAAUCUAAUUUCUUGGCAACAUCGGCCAUAGUCUUCAUGACCCGUGGCAUAGUAGACAACUGGAAACAACCGCUGAUGAAUGAGGCAUGCAACAGCAUCAUAGUGAAAGAAAAGCUGGUUGAUAUAAUUGAAAAGGUAGAAAGUAUUGGCUUAAAUGUUGUGGCAGUUAUAUCAGACAUUGGGUCGAACUUUCAAAAGUUUGUAAAAGAGAUGGGUAUCACUCCUGAAAAUCCCUGGUUUGUCCAUGGUGAAAAGAAGAUAAUCUUUCCUUUCGAUACACCUCAUAUUGUCAAAGCAAUCAGAAAAAACUUGAUUAAGUACAAUUUUUAUUUUGAUAAAAAGGUGGCAUCAUGGCAAGAUAUCGAAGCACUGUACCAGAUGGAUACCAAAAAUCCCAUACGAUGGUGUCCAAAGUUGACAAGACAACAUAUAUCCCCUCAUAACUUUGAAAGAAUGAAAGUUAUAUUUGCAACGCAAGUAUUAAACCACUCCGUUUCAGCUGGCUUAAUGAUGGCAGUGAGUGGUGGCCUACUUCCAGCAACUGCAGCAGGAACUGCUGAAUUCACUUCAAAAGUUGAUGAAAUUUUCGAUUGUUUGAACAGUUCAACAUUUAAAAACUGCAAGGAACUAAAUAAACCCAUUACAGCCGACUCAAACCAUUGCGAAUUUAUAAAGAAUACCUGCUUAUUCAUUAAACAAAUUAGAGUCAAAGAUCCAGGAACUGGAAAACAUUGA